UUAGCCCAUUAUAAAAAUACAAAUAACAGAUGAAGCCUUGGUCUGGGCUAGUUUGGCAGUUGGGCCCAACAAACAGCUCUAACUGAUAAAACCCUAGGAGGAUUCAUCGUCCUGAAUCGCCCCAGCCUCCUCAAGUUUCAUCGGCGCUUGAAAACAAAAAUGCCGUUCAAGAGGUAUGUUGAGAUCGGAAGAAUUGCUCUCGUUAACUACGGAAAGGAUUAUGGAAAGCUCGUAGUCAUUGUUGAUGUCAUCGAUCAAAACAGAGCUCUUGUUGAUGCUCCUGACAUGGUGAGAGGUCAAAUGAACUUUAAGAGGCUCACUCUCACAGACAUCAAAAUCGACAUCAAAAGAGUUCCAAACAAGAAAACUCUUAUUGCUGCUAUGGAGGCUGCUGAUGUCAAGAGCAAGUGGGAAAACAGCUCAUGGGGAAGAAAACUCAUUGUUCAAAAGAAGAGAGCCUCACUUAAUGAUUUUGACCGCUUCAAGGUUAUGUUGGCAAAGAUUAAGAAAGCGGGAGUCGUUAGGCAAGAGCUAGCCAAGCUAAAGAAGGAAACCGCUUGAUUUGCACAAGUUUUGAGAUUUGAGUGCAGUUUUUUUUUUUUAAAUUGUUGUUGAGUAGAUUAUUGUUGGUUUUUUUAAAACUUCAUGUUUGACCUUUUACAAGGUAUUAAAGUGAUGUUUAGAGUCUCGUCUGCUUCAGUUUUGAACUUCUAUGUUUGAUGGUUA